AUGGAUAAGCUCAACUACAGCAAGUGUCCGCUAAAGAAGCGUCCCAUACUCGUGGAGCAGUCAGCAGAGCAAGAGGAUCAACUGUGUCAUGAUGAAGGACCCGUGGAUUUAAGCGUAGCUGCUGCAGCACAUUGGGCAGAGCCACUGCAGCAAGAAGAUUGGUGCAUGAAAACUGCAGCAGCAGCAGCAACAGCAACGACGCCGCCUGCAGCGGAGACAGCAACGGAGCUGCGCAGACGCUUCGAUGCGGCAAUGUCACAGACCAAGGAGCAGCUGGCGCGACGCAUUUGGGAGGAAACGCGUGAAAUCGCGCGCGCUUUUCCCGAUGUGUUUACGCGUGAGGAGAUUGCCAAAAGUCUGGCGCGUUUGGGCUAUGGCGACUUUGAACUGCCGCCAGAGGAGGAAGUCAUGGAGCCAGAGCUGGAGCAGAGCAGCUAUGCAAGCAUUACACCGCCACUCAUAAAGCAAGAGCAGACAGAGCUGGAGCUGGAGCAGCCGCUGGGGCUGCGCAACUACAACAACAACUUGAUGAAAAGCAUAGCAGAGUAUGAGGAUUGCUUGCGCUAUGCGCCGCCGACUGCGCAGCCAGCAGCACCAGCUGCAGCACAGCCAGAAGAUCUGAGUCUGCAAGCGCGUCGUGGACUAAGCGAGAAUGUUAAUCUGCAUAAUGUUGCACGUGCGCUGCUAAGCAUGCAACAUGUUGUGCCACAGCAGCAGACACAACAAGCGGAGUCCGAUGAGGAUGCAGAGAAUCAAGAGAAUCAGCUGGGCUUGAAAAUCAAAAGUCGCAACGAUUUGUAUUAUCAGUGCCAGCAGUGCAACAAAUGCUACGCCACCUAUGCGGGUCUAGUGAAGCAUCAACAGAGCCACGCCUACGAGAGCACCGAGUACAAGAUUAUACGCAGCAAUGCCAGCAGCGCUGGUGGACACAUUGUGGAUCAAACCGAGUUCUGCACAGAUCAAGCAUCGGCUUUAAUUCAAGCCGCCAGCGCUGCUUCGGUGCAGUCCAUGCAGAAGCCAGUGGGCGUGCCACGUUAUCACUGCAAGGACUGCGGCAAGUCGUACUCCACCUACUCGGGCUUAAGCAAGCAUCAGCAGUUCCAUUGUCCUGCCGCCGAGGGCAAUCAGGUGAAAAAGGUAUUCAGCUGCAAGAACUGCGACAAAACUUAUGUCAGUUUGGGUGCGUUGAAGAUGCACAUACGCACCCAUACGCUGCCCUGCAAGUGUCCCAUAUGCGGCAAGGCCUUUAGCCGUCCCUGGUUGCUGCAGGGACACAUACGCACCCACACGGGCGAGAAGCCCUUUAGCUGCCAGCACUGCAAUCGCGCGUUUGCCGAUCGCUCCAAUCUGCGCGCGCACAUGCAAACGCACUCGGAGGUCAAGAAGUACUCCUGCCCGAGCUGCACCAAGUCCUUCUCACGCAUGUCGCUGCUGGCCAAGCAUCUGCAAACUGGCUGCCACACGGAGCAUGCCGAGCAGCGUCUGCUGAGCUACGAUGAGGCACAAGGCGAGCUAGACAUGGAGCAGGACGCAGAGGCCGAUGGGCGUGUCUAUUAUGCAGGCAGCGUAGGCAGUAGCGCUGGCGAGGAGGAGGAUGCAGCGCAUAACUAUCAAAUGCCCAGGCAGGGCAUCUACUAGGCACACACACACACACAAACACAAACACACACACACGUACAUUUCAUUUAGGGGUUGUAUUUAGCCAAAGUAACUUGAAAAUUAAGUGCCAAAAAUUAGUCAAGGCAAUUAUAUUGCUCAGUAGUUAGUUGUAGCUCAGUUUCUCACACAUGCACAUUUAUUUAUACAGUUAGGAA